AUGGCGCCCAAGAAGAAGGGAAAUAAGAGACAGGAGGAGGACUGGGAGGCUGAUCUCGGCGAGUCCGCUCCCACCACUGCUCCCGCCGAUGAGCAGCCCCAAGAAGAUGCCAACGAGGAGGCUGCGCCAGUUGGCGGCCUUAUGGCUGCUUUGAGAAAAAAUAAGGCCAAGAAGGCUAAGAAGGGCAAGAUCAACGACUUCGUCGAGGGUGAGGACGCCGAGGGUGCCGAUACCCAGGGUGCCAUCGAUUUGGCUAGCAAGCAGCCCGAGGAGGGUAACUUCGACGAUGAUGAUGUUUUCGCUGGAAAGAAGACCAAGCCCAUCAAGGAAGUGGUUAAGCCUGCGGCGGAAGCGCAGCCCGAGGGCGAGUUCCGAGUAAAGAGUAAGAAGGAGAAGGAGCGUGAGAAGAAGGAGAAGGAGAAGCAGCGCAAGAAGGAACAGGCUGCCUCAAAGAAGAAGCUCACCCCUGCUCAAGAAAAGGCCGAAGCCAAGAAGACCGCCACCGCCGAAGCCUCCAAGAAAGAUGUAGCCGCCGCCGCUGCACCCGCCCCAGAGACUGGCAAGAAGAAGAAGCUUCCUCCCCACCUCGCAGCUCUCCAGAAGCAGCAGGAGCUUCUUCGACAGCAACGUGAGGAGGAGGAGCGCAUUGCAGCGGAAGAGAAGGCUGCCGCAGCCAAACAGAAGCUUCUUGAUGAAGAGGAAGAGAAGACGCGUGCCGAGGCUCGUGAGCGCAGGAAGGAGAAGGAGCGCGAAAAGAAGGAGCAGCUCCGCAGAGAAGGUAAGCUGCUCACCAAGGCUCAGCGCGAGGCCAAAGAGCGCAGUGAAUUGCGCUUGCAGCAGAUGAUUGCCGCCGGUGGCAAGGUUGCUGGCUUGCAGGAGGGCGGCGAGAAGAAGGCGCGCCCUACAUAUGAGAACAAGAAGAAGAGGGCUGGCAAGAAGCAGGAAGAGGAUCUCGAAGCUGCCGCCGCUCGGGCCCGGGCUCAGCGCGAAGCUGAAGACCGAAAGAAGGAGGCCGAGGAGAAAGCCAAGGCUGAAGCCGCCGCCGCUGCCGCUGCCGCUGCCGCCCCUGCGGAAGAGGAUGCAGUUGAAGACUGGGAGCAGGCUGCCGACGAAGAUGUCAAGGACAGCUGGGAUGCGGAAUCAGAUGAGGAAGAGAAGCCCGCUGAGGAGGAGGCACCCGCCCAAAAGGAGGAGAAAGAAGAAGAAUCCGACUCCGACUCCGACUCCGACGACUCAUCGGAUGAAGACUCAUCUGAUGAGGAGCAAUCCGCCAACCAAAGGGCCAUCCUGGCAAGAAAGGCUGAGGCUGCUGAGCGGAGAAAGCUUAAGCACGAGGAGGCUCUGGCCGCUCGUUCAAAGGAUAAUCUCCGAUCCCCUAUUUGCUGUAUUCUUGGUCACGUCGAUACUGGUAAGACCAAGCUGCUCGAUAAGAUCCGACAGACCAACGUGCAGGAGGGCGAAGCUGGUGGUAUUACCCAGCAGAUCGGUGCCACUUACUUCCCCGUCGAUGCUCUGCGCACCAAGACCCAAGUUGUCAACAAGGAUGGCAAGUUCGAGUUCAAGGUCCCCGGUCUGUUGAUCAUCGAUACUCCCGGUCACGAGUCCUUCUCCAACUUGCGAUCAAGAGGUUCCUCCCUUUGCAACAUUGCUAUCCUUGUUGUUGAUAUCAUGCACGGUCUCGAGCCCCAGACCCUCGAGUCUAUGCGUUUGCUGCGUGACCGCAAGACUCCUUUCAUUGUCGCAUUGAACAAGAUCGAUCGUCUCUACGGCUGGAAGAAGAUUGACAACAACGGUUUCGAGGAUAGUUUGGCUAUGCAGAACAAGGGUGUUCAAAACGAGUUCCGCACUCGUCUUGAGGCCACCAAGCUUGCUUUUGCCGAGCAGGGUUUCAACUCCGAGCUGUUCUUCGAGAACAAGUCUCUGUCUCGCAACGUCUCUCUCGUUCCCACCUCUGCCCACACCGGAGAGGGUGUUCCUGACAUGCUGAAGCUCCUGACCAGCCUGAGUCAAGAGCGUAUGACCAACUCGCUUAUGUACUUGUCCGAGGUCGAGUGUACGGUUCUGGAGGUCAAGGUCAUUGAGGGUCUCGGUACCACCAUUGAUGUCAUUCUGUCCAACGGUAUCCUUCGCGAGGGUGAUCGCAUCGUAAUGUGCGGUCUCAACGGUCCUAUUACAACCAAUAUCCGUGCUCUUCUGACACCAGCACCGCUCAAGGAGCUGCGUCUGAAGUCCCAGUACGUUCACAACAAGGAGGUCAAGGCUGCCCUUGGUGUUAAGAUUGCUGCCAACGACUUGGAGCACGCUAUUGCUGGUUCUCGCAUGCUUGUCGUCGGCCCUGACGAUGAUGAGGAGGAUCUUGAGGAGGAGGUCAUGACUGAUUUGGAGAACCUGCUGAGCCGUGUCUCGACUGAUCAGCGUGGUGUCACUGUCCAGGCCUCCACCCUGGGUUCGCUUGAGGCCCUCCUGGAGUUCCUCAAGGUCUCCAAGAUUCCUGUCGCCAAUAUCUCCAUCGGUCCCGUUUACAAGCGUGAUGUCAUGAUGGCUGGUACCAUGCUUGAGAAGAGUAAGGAAUAUGCUGUCAUGCUCUGCUUCGACGUCAAGGUCGAUAAGGAUGCAACGGCCUAUGCCAACGAAAUUGGUGUCAAGAUUUUCACAGCCGACAUCAUUUACCACUUGUUCGAUAGCUUCACUGCGCACAUGGCUCAGAUCACAGAGCAGCGUAAGGAGGAGGCUAAGCUUCUUGCUAUUUUCCCCUGUGUCAUCAAGCCCAUUGCUGUCUUCAACAAGACCGAUCCCAUUGUCAUCGGUGUUGAUGUUAUUGAAGGAAGUCUGCGUCUCCACACCCCUCUAGCUGCGGUCAGGACCAACGCCGCUGGUGUAAGGGAGAUCGUCGAUAUUGGUAGAGUCACAUCCAUCGAGCGCGAUCACAAGGCCGUCCCUGUCUGCAAGAGAGGUCAGCCCUCCGUUGCUGUUAAGGUCGAGGGACCCAACCAGCCCAUGUACGGUCGUCACCUCGAAGAGAAGGACCAGCUUAUCUCGCACAUCUCGCGUGCCAGUAUCGACACCCUCAAGGAGUUCUACCGGUCCGAGGUCUCUAUGGAGGAAUGGGCUCUGGUCAAGAAGCUCAAGCCCGUGUUCGACAUUCCUUGA